CCCGAGCUGCUCGAGCAGCUGCAGUGCCCGCUCUCCUUCGAGAUCAUGACGGACCCGGUAAUGAACGCGGCCGGACAAACUUACGAGCGUUCGGCCAUCGAGGCGUGGUUUUUCCGUGGCAAGCGGACCGAUCCCAUGACGGGCAUUGUCCUCGAGCACACGCAUUUGGUGCCAAACGUCUUUGCCCGCAGCAUG